AUGGCCGACCCGCCCAGUAGUGCCGAAGGCGAUGCGGUAGUUACUGUAGAAGAUGCGAUCCCUUCCAGUGCCACAGCCCCUCUCGCCGACGCGGCGGCUGCGCCCGAUGGCGAGUUUCCCGCAAUGGCGGAGUCGCCGCAAGCCGCGCACAACAGCUCCCCCAGGAGAUGCGGGUGCACGCCGCCAUGCGGGUCCGCGGACUGCGACCGCAUGCUGUGUCUGCCGGGCGACCCGAAGCAGCAGCACUGGUGGCGGUGGGCGCUGGCCGGCAUUCUGCUGCUCUUCGUCGUGGGCGUCGCCACGCUCGUCACGCUACUCUUCACCCUCAAGCCCUCCUCCUCGUCCCCCCCGCCCUCCCCCGCCUCCCCGGCCAGCACUGCCUCUGAACUCAACGCCUCCGCCGUUCCCAUGCCCCUGCAGCCCAAGGACCCCAUCAUCUCGCUCAACCAAUCCGCCGUCCCGCCCAACGAUUCCUCUCUUGCGGCCCCCGCGCCCGCCCCUGCGGUCCCGCCGACGCCGGCUGACGACCCCAUCCCCAUGCCCGAGCUGUCGAAUCUCACGCGCCCGUCGCAGGCGCGAUUCGAGGGGAGGGAGGGGGAGUGGGGGCAGUUCAACUGGACGGAGCUGUACGAGCAGAAGCAGACGAACCGAUACCACACGUGCGACACCGAAGGGUACGACUACGUGUACGUGCGACCCAACUUCACCGCCACCACGUGGAAGGGCUGGGGCACUUCGCUGGCAUGGUGGGCGGACGACGCGGGGGAGCUACCGGAGUGGUGCAUGGGGCGGCUGGUGGACCUGGUGUUCCAUGCGGACAAGGGGCUGGGGCUCUCCAUGGCGCGCUACGCCAUCCCGGGCGGCUUUAACGCCAUGUUCUCGCCGGGCAUCUCGCGCACCAAGCACCCCAUGCACGCCUUCAAAGAGGGCCCCCUCGCGCCCUACAACUGGUCCGCGGACGCGGGGCAGCGCAAGGUGAUGCUGGCGGCGAAGCAGCUGGGCGUGCAGCACUUUGAGGUCAUCUCGUACUCGCCGCCCUGGUGGAUGACGGUCAGCGGGGACACGGCGGGCGGUGUAGACGGGCGCCCCAACAUACGGCCGGAGCAGCGGGGGGCGUUCGUGGAAUACCUGGUGGACGUGAUGCAGCAGUACCACUCCGACCCCGACUGGAACAUCACGUUCGAAUACAUCAACCCCUUCAAUGAGGCGCUCGAGGGCUGGUGGCGCGCGGGCCGGAUGCGCGAGGGGUGCUCCGUGAGCGUGAACGACGUGGACGUGAUCGUGGCGCUGCUGGCCGACGCGCUGCAGGCGCGCGGGCUGCCCACGCGCAUCUCGGUGGCGGACUCGUGGGUGGCGUACACGGUGCGCAGCAUCAAGUCGCCCACGGAGGCGCUCAGGCCCGAGACGUGGGAGAAGGUGGACCACAUGUGCGUGCACGGGUACCAGUCGAAGCACUUCCCCGAGUCAUGGCAGAUCGGGCUGCAGUACAAAGACCUACGCGAGUCGGCAGCGCGCAUUGGCAAGGAGGUGUGGCAGUCGGAGUGGGGCCCGAUUGACAUUUUUGGCACGGACCUGCAGCUGGCCAUGUACAUGGCGCGCACCGUCAUGGAGCACAUCAACAUCAUGGGGGUCGCCGCCUGGUACUACUGGAUGGCCGUGGAACCAAACACCCAUGGGUGGGGGCUCCUCCGGUUUAAGGGGGAUUGCGGAGAGAGCGUGGACAGCAUGAAGCUGGUAUUCAGCAAGCAGUACUAUGUCAUGAAGCACCUCACUCGCACGGUGCCCCCAGGGUCACGCAUCGUGCGCAUGGUGACCAAGUGCGAGCACGGGGUGGUGGCGGCGUACAGCCCCCAGCACAAGCGUCUGACCAUCCUCGUGACCAACCAGUCGUUCAAGGACUUCCUGCUCACCCUCCGCGUGCAGGACUUCCUCUCCGCAGACCACUCGAUGCCUGUGCUUGUGCACGUGCACCGCACGUCAAUUAAGGAGGACUAUGAGAUGAUCGACCAGAUGAACGUUCAAGUGCCGGGUAACGCCACCCUCUCCUCCACUGACAUCACCAUCAAUGCUGUCCCCAUUUCUCUCACCAGCAUCACGCUGUAUGAAGUUGUCCCAAAACCCGACAUCGAGAUUAAGCAAUCAGUGUAG